UGUGUGUGUUCUUGUUGUGCACUGAGGAAAGUUUCAGUUUAGGUGGAUUUCCUUUCAGGAGCAGGGUCAUUAACAUGUGAAGGUGAGGUUAAUAUGCAUAUUUACAGGGUGAGAGAGUGGGGGAUGUCAGCGAGAGAGGUGGAGGAAACAAAGAAAGAAAGAAGGCCUGUGAGGUUUUAUAUGAGCAAAGAAUUGAAUCUACUGAACCACAGAUGGUUAAAAGUACUUUGAUCUUUUAAUUCUUUAAUGCCUCAAUGUCAGCUUCCCAAAAACCGCUGAAAAAUCAUUAUAUACUAAUAUUUUUUCCACUUUAAAUAAAUUUUAAACCUUUAAAAUCAGUUAUUAAGUCACCCUAGUAAUAUUCUCUUAGACAUUAACCCCUAAACUAAAAGGCUUUUAUCUAUAUGUUAUGUUUUUAUCAAGUUAAACUGAAGAAUCUUUAUGUGCACCUGUCUUUAUGUCCUGGUGACCAUCCAAAUAAAGUCAAUUAAAAAAAACAAAAACAUUUUCAGCAACACCUGAAAAACUUCAAAAAGUUUUCAUUUAGUUACUUCCUCUCAUAUUAUUUUAGCCAUAAACGUUUCUUUUGUUCAAAUAUAAGGUGAGGUUUUAUUUGAACAAUUACAGGAGCUUGCUACUCUGCAGAUUUCUUUUUUUAGGAGAUAAAUUUUAUGUUUGUGGUAAUUCAACCUUUCUUUUUCCAGUAUUCUUUUCUUUUUUUUUUAAAAUCACCACCAGUAUAAAAACCACUGGGCUCAUUUUAUACCCAGUGUAGAACAGAUGAGAGAUUCUGGCUCUCCAAAAUUUUCUUUCUUUGUGCAGCAUGUGAAGCAUUUUACAAAACCCAUUUCCACAUGAAGUAGCUUUGAGUGAAUUGCUGUACUUUUCUUGACAUACGUGGGUAAGAGCCAUCUAAUUCUUCUUCUUCCAUCCAAAGCUCAGCAAACAAAACCAAUUACCUGAUAACUAAAUUAGGAAACACGUUAUUUUUCUGGGCCACCAGAACAGCUUUCAGCCAGUUCCCAGUAUUGUUGAUUCCACCUUCACCUCCACCCAGACGGCCGUGAGGGGGCGUGGCUUCCGGAGCCCCUCCCCCCUUGCAGGAGAAUCACCUGGACAGAAGAUAAGUUUUAGAGACACAAAACUGCGAGGGGGAGACUCAGGCCGGAGGAGGAUUCACUAGAUUCUUAUACGGCGUUUUCGCUUUUAUGAAGUUUUUAAAGCGGAGUUUUUAAAAUAUAUUUUGGAGUAGCACCUGCUCAGGUUCUCAGCGUCUGAGUUGGUUUUAUGUCUAUGGAUACUUUUCUCUGACUUCUGGAGCUACAAACGUAAACUUCAGGGAAUUUUUUUCGACCUUCGGCUAUUCGCGGUUUUAUUGUACUUUUUCCUCCACUGUGAGUUGAAGAACGGCCAAGAAAUCAAGAAGGUGGUUUGGAGUUUUUACUAUUUAAAUUUUUUUUUCACCACUUCGCUAAAAUGAAUUGGAAGGAGAUGCUCAAGUUUGUGCUCUGCGCCUUCAUGUGUGUCCAGUCUGCUGCUGCUGUGUCUGCUUCAGGUUGCAAAGGAGACAAAUGCAGUACUCAAGGCACCUUCCCUACAAUGCCCGCUCUUCCUUCCUCCUCUGUUACCUCUUCUCCUUCACUUCCAGUAACUUCAUCUCUUUCCUCCUCCAUUUCCUCUCCUCCUUCAAGCUCUGCUUCCUCCUCUUCUUCUUCUUUGGCGAAAUCCUUACAGACCUCCCAGGACUUCCUGGGUCAGUUUACCCAGGUGAGGUCACCAAACAACGGGGACCGUAAACACCGUGACGCUAGCGCCGUACUGCCCUUCAUCGGCCUGACCAGCAGUGCUGAACAGAGUCGAAGCUGCUGUAAGAAUGGAGGAACCUGCAUCUUGGGCAGCUUCUGUGCCUGCCCUCCAUAUUUCACCGGGAGAACCUGCGAGUAUGACCAACGAAUCAGGACCUGUGGUUUGAUUCCUCACGGCGAGUGGGUUCAAAAGGGCUGCUCCUACUGCCGCUGUGGUUAUGGCACGCUGCACUGCUUCGCCAAAGUCUUCCAUAAAGACUGUGAUGAUUCUGAUGAGGUGCGCUGGUAUCGUUCAUCGGCUGUCAGGAUGAUUCCCACUGGCUGCUUCUUCUUCUAUCUGAUCCUGCUUUCUCCUUUGUAUUUCUUCAUCUGAUGCCUUGAAACACCUGGAUUUAUGUGAAACUGUGUCUUAGCCUCAGCAGGAUAUUUUUGAAAGCUUGAAAUCAGAAGUGAGUCCGUAACAGAAACAGAUUUUCUGAAAUCUAUCAUUUUGCAUCCAGAAGGAAGAGACACACUUUGAACUGUAGCUGGACUGGACUCUGUCCUGAUUUAUGGGGA